GUUCAGUUUCAGAAGCGGUUAGGGUUGGGGUUCAGUUGUUUCGGAUCCCUCAAACAAUGAGCCAUCAACGCCGAGAUGAUCGAAGAGAGGGAUCCCGUAUUCCUGCUCGUAGUGCCCGUCAAGAAUGGAUUCCUAGAGGAUCUACUGCUACUGUUGUCAACCCACCCAAUCCACCUCCGAUUUCCAAUUCAAAUGAAUCAAAUCCCAAUGGAAACGGUGGAGACUCGAAUUAUAGUUCCGCCCCUACUGGGGGUCGGCAUAGAGGUGGCUUUGUUCGGCGAAGCUACACGGCUCGGCCUUCGUAUCCAAUGAAAGAACCAGAGAUUCUGGAGCCUAAGGUGUUCGAUGUCCCGCAGCUUGUGCAAGAAAUUCAAGAUAAGCUCGCGAAAAGGGCGGUUGAAUGCAUGAUUUGUUAUGACAUGGUAGGGAGGUCUGCCCAAAUAUGGUCGUGCUCGAGCUGUUACUCCAUUUUCCAUCUCAAUUGUAUAAGGAAAUGGGCUCGAGCACCGACUUCUGUUGAUUUGUCUGUGGAUAAGAACCAGGGCGUGAAUUGGCGGUGCCCUGGUUGUCAGUCUGUGCAGCUGCUGACAGCGAAGGAGAUUCGAUAUGUUUGUUUCUGUGGGAAGCGACCAGACCCCUCUAUGGAUUUGUAUCUGACGCCGCAUUCAUGUGGAGAACCCUGUGGGAAGCCAUUGGAGAGGGAGGUUGCAGGCGGUGGCGAUUGCAAUGAAGAUGAUCGUUGCCCCCAUGUUUGUGUCUUGCAGUGCCAUCCGGGUCCAUGCCCUCCGUGUAAAGCUUUUGCUCCACCCCGGCGGUGCCCUUGUGGGAAGAAGACGAUUACGACUAGAUGCUCUGAUCGGAAGUCAAUGCAUACUUGUGGACAACCCUGUAAUAAGCUUCUGGAAUGUGGGCGUCACAGGUGUGAGCAGAGUUGCCACAAGGGAACGUGUGAUCCUUGUCGGGUUUUGAUCAAAGCAUUGUGUUUCUGCAAGAAGAAGGUGGAGGUUCUUCUUUGUGGAGAGAUGACUGUUAAGGGGGAUGUUAGGCAGAUUGAUGGUGUUUUCUCGUGUAAUUCCACUUGUGGCAAGAAACUUGCUUGUGGAAAUCAUUUCUGUGUCGACAAUUGCCAUCCUGGUCCGUGUGGGGAUUGCGAGUUGACGCCUUGGAGGAUCAAGACCUGCUACUGUGGCAAAACGAAGAUACAGAAUGAAAGGCGGAUUUGCAUUGACCCAAUCCCGACCUGUUUGCAGAUUUGUGGUAAGCAUCUUCCUUGUAGGAUUCACCAUUGUAAGGAGUUGUGCCAUGCUGGGGAGUGUCCACCUUGUCUGGUUCCGGUCAACCAAAAAUGCCGUUGUGGUUCUUCCUCUCGAACUGUUGAGUGUUACAUAACAAUGGACGAGAAGGAAAAGUUUAUCUGUGAUAAGUCUUGCGGGCGGAAAAAGAACUGUGGGAGACACAGGUGCAGUGAAAGGUGUUGCCCUCUCUCUAGUUCCAAUAACCAGGUUUCGGGCGAUUGGGACCCGCAUUUGUGCUCGAUGGUAUGUGGGAAGAAGCUGAGGUGUGGGCAGCAUUCUUGUGUGUCACUGUGCCAUAGCGGUCAUUGCCCACCUUGCCUUGAAACCAUCUUCACUGACCUGACCUGUGCUUGUGGGAAGACUUCAAUACCUCCUCCCCAGCCUUGUGGCACACCUCCUCCUUCUUGUCAGCACCCAUGCUCAGUUCCCCAGCCCUGUGGUCAUCCAUCAUCACACAGUUGCCAUUUUGGUGAUUGCCCACCUUGUUCUAUUCCGGUGGCAAAGGAAUGCAUUGGUGGUCAUGUCGUUCUCAGGAACAUACCUUGUGGUUCGAGGGAUAUUCGAUGUAAUCAGCUGUGUGGCAAGACACGACAGUGUGGUAUGCAUGCUUGUGGCAGAACUUGUCAUCCUUCACCAUGUGAGUCUUCCAGUGGCUCUGGUGGAAAGGCUUCUUGUGGUCAAGUUUGUGGUGCUCCUAGGAGAGACUGUAAGCACAUAUGCACUGCUACUUGUCAUCCAUCAGCUCCCUGUCCUGAUCUAAGAUGUGAUUUCCCUGUGACAAUCUCAUGUUCCUGUGGUCGGAUAACUGCCUCAGUACCUUGUGAUGCCGGAGGCAGUGGUCAUGUUGAUACUGUUUUCGAAGCAUCUGUUAUUCAAAAAUUUCCAGUUCUACUUCAAGCUGUGGAAGCAACCGGCAAGAGGGUCCCGCUUGGACAGAGAAAGCUCACCUGUGACGAUGAGUGUGCAAAAUUGGAGCGAAAACGGGUUCUUGCAGAUGCUUUUGAUAUCACUCCCCCGAACUUGGAUGCUCUUCAUUUUGGUGAGCACUCUACAGUUUCUGAUGUGCUUGCUGAUGUGUAUAGAAGAGACCCAAAAUGGGUAGUGUCUAUUGAAGAGAGGUUCAAGUUUCUAGUACUUGGGAAGACUAAAGGAGGGUCCUCAAAUGGUCUCAGGGUUCAUGUAUUCUGUCCAAUGCUGAAGGACAAAAGAGAUGCUGUAAGCCAAAUUGCAGAGAGAUGGAAGCUUUCAAUUAAUGCAGCAGGGUGGGAGCCGAAGCGGUUCCUUGUGGUUCAUGUCACUCCAAAAUCUAAAGCUCCAUCCCGGUUUCUUGGGGCCAAGGUUACUGGCCCUGUUCCCGUGUCUCAUCCAGUUUUUGAUCCAUUAGUUGACAUGGAUCCACGACUUCUUGUGUCUUUGCUGGAUUUGCCAAGGGAGGCAGAUAUAAGCGCUUUGGUCCUGAGGUUUGGUGGAGAGUGUGAACUGGUCUGGUUGAAUGACAAAAAUGCUUUGGCAGUAUUUAGUGAUCCUGCCCGAGCAGCAACUGCUUUGAGGCGAUUAGAUCAUGGUUCAGAGUAUCAUGGUGCUGCUGUAGUUCUUCAGAAUGGUUCUACAACAUCUUCCGGCGCCAAUGCAUGGGUAACUGGGGCUGCAAAGGAUGGGGGUGUAGUUACAACCCUGAAGGGUAAUCCAUGGAAAAAGGCUGUUGUACAGGAACCCAGUUGGAGGGAGGACUCCUGGGGUGUUGAAGACUGGCCUGGUGCUUCAGCUGAUGUGCUCGUGUCUGCCUGGAAAGGGAAAGAAGCACCAAUAGCUUCUUCAAGAAAUAGAUGGGACGUUCUUGACUCAAAUUCAGUUUCUGAUUCCACUGCUACCUCUUCUAUUGGAACUGAUAAUACAGGGAAUCUUCGAGUGGCAAGUUCUUCCCGUUCAGAACAGGAAUCAAAAACUUCAGGUUCAAACUCAACAGUGCAACCUGGACUACUUAACAAGACGGAGUUGUCUGAAGUAGCAGAUGACUGGGAGAAUGCUUAUGAUUGAGAAACAAAAAGGCAUGAAAAUGUCAUAAUUUCUGUGGUGUCUACUUGAUCUUGUUCUUCGGUUUUCUUUUCAACUUCUAUGCCAUCAUCUUUUGAGGUUUGAUGGAAUUUUUGUG